CCAACUAAAAGCUUAAGGCCUUUCUAGAUUACGGGAGAUUUUUUCUUUUCUUUUUUUUUUUUUAAUACAUAAUUAUUGAAUAUUACCUGAUCACAUCACCGUUAUUCGGAUUUGUCGAAGCGGCCGGCGAAUUUCAUGGCGGUACUCCUUUCAACCAAAGGCGGCUACCUCAAGCUCUAAAACGGGAGGAAAUUGCUGGAGGAUGGCGAUGAUUGAGAUAGAAGAAGGGUCUCAGAACAGUGAACAACUGCUCGAGGAGGAAGGCGAUGAUCUUGAGUUUGAUAGCAAUAGUCUAGAGAUCGAGGGAAAUGACCUUGAAAUUGAGGGCAACGACCUUGAGAUUGACGGCAACGGCAUUGAGAUUGAGGGCAAUGGUCUUGAGAUUGAAGAUAACAACCUUGAGAUAGAAAGCCAUGAGCUUGAAACUGGAGGCAAUGAUGUUGAAAGUAAUUGUGACCAAGUUCUUCAUAUUGAAGAUCAUGGCCAAGAUAACUACAGAGGCAAUACACCGGCAGUGGAUGGGCAAAAUGGUGAAUCUCAAGGAAAUGAGUAUCCCCCUCCUGUUGUGGGGAUGGAGUUUGAAUCGUAUGAUGAUGCUUACAAUUAUUAUAACUGUUAUGCGAAGGAAUUGGGAUUUGCCAUCAGGGUCAAAUCAUCAUGGACAAAACGUAACAGCAAAGAGAAACGCGGUGCGGUUCUUUGCUGCAAUUGUGAGGGUUUUAAGACAAUGAAAGAAGCAAACAGCCGUAGGAAGGAAACAAGAACCGGUUGUCUAGCAAUGAUAAGGUUGAGAUUAGUGGAAUCUAAUAGGUGGAGGGUGGAUGAAGUCAAGCUUGAACACAACCACUCAUUUGAUCCUGAGAGAGCACAAAAUUCUAAGUCACACAAGAAGAUGGAUGCUGGGUCUAAAAGAAAGGUAGAGCCGACUGUUGAUGUGGAGGUACGGACUAUCAAAUUAUAUCGGACAGCUGCUGUAGAUUCAUUUGGUUAUGGAAGCCCAAACUCUAAUGAAGGAGAAAAUAGCCACUAUGUUGACAGGUCGAAGCGUUUGAAGCUUCAAAAAGGAGAUGCGAAGAUCAUUUUUAAUUAUUUUUCUCAAGCUCAACUGAUAAAUCCAAACUUUUUCUACUUGAUGGAUCUCAGCGAUGAGGGGUUCUUGAAAAAUGUUUUCUGGAUUGAUUCAAGGUCGAGGGCUGCAUAUGCCUACUUUGGUGAUGUUGUUAUAUUUGACACCACAUGCUUGUCAAACAAAUAUGAAAUUCCGCUAUUCACAUUUGUUGGAGUGAAUCACCAUGGGCAGCCUAUUCCGCUUGGUUAUGGUUUGUUGGCGGACGAAACAUUUGAAACAUAUAUUUGGCUAUUCAGGGCAUGGCUUACAUGUGUCUUAGGGCGACCUCCUCAAACCGUCAUUACUGACCAUUGCAAGGUCAUGCAAAGUGCAAUUGCAGAGGUGUUUCCUAGGGCUCACCAUCGUCUUUGUUUGUCACGUGUUGCACAAAGGAUUUCUCAGAGUUUGGGAGAAUUGCAGGAUUAUGAAACCUUUCAGAUGGUGUUCAAUACAACUGUCUACAACACUCUAAAGGUGGAUGAAUUUGAAAUGGCUUGGGAAGGUAUGAUCCAGCAAUUUGGAAUCGCAAAUCAUGAGUGGCUUCGAAGUUUGUAUGAAGAUCGAGAACGGUGGGCUCCAGUUUAUUCCAAAGACUCUUUUUAUGCUGGAAUGGGCACUUUCGAAAGAGGUGAGUCCAUGAUCCAGUUUUUUGAUGGUUAUGUGCACCAUCAAACUUCUUUAAGAGAGUUUUUGGACAUGUAUGGAUUAGUUUUACAGAAGAAACAUCACAAGGAAGCUCUUGAUGAUGUUGAGUCGAGAGAUUCAAGCUCCAUGUUGAGAACAAGUAGCUAUUACGAGUUACAGCUAUCUAAAGUGUACACAAACGAAAUAUUUAGGAAAUUCCAAGAUGAGGUGGUGAUGAUGUCCUCCUGUUUUAGCAUCACACAAGUUCAUGCCAAUGGUUCAGUAGUUACAUAUAUGAUCAAAGAACGAGAAUGUGAGGAAAAUCUCAGCAACAAUCGAACUUUUGAGGUAUUGUAUGAUAAAUCAGGAGCAGAAGUCCGGUGCAUAUGUGGUUGUUUCAACUUCAAAGGUUACUUGUGCCGGCAUGCCCUUUGCAUUUUGCACUACAAUGGGGUGGAAGAAAUACCUUACCAGUAUAUUUUGGCACGAUGGAGGAAGGAUUUUAAGCGCCUAUAUGUACCGGAUCUUGGAUCCAACAGUGUUGAUAUCGGUAAUCCAGUUCAGUGGUUUGAUCAUUUGUACAAACGAGCAAUGCAAGUUGUUGAGGAAGGGAUGAUUUCUCAAGACCAUUAUAUGGUUGCUUGGCAAGCAUUUAAAGAAUCUUUGAAUAAGGUCCGUCUUGUAGCAGACAAGCAUGUAUUGAUUGAUCAUUAAUGAAAUUUUGAUUCUUUGUAAAA